CCUUCACCUUCCAGUUCCAAUGCUGGCAAGACAUCGACAAACACCGCUUCGCCUAACCUGAGCCGGCGUGCUGAUCACAUAUCCUAAGUCGCUGGUCACAUAAUUAGAAUCCCUGGACAUAUGCAGCUACACACGAUGGCACACAGACUCGCCACUGAUACUCAGGUCUCUUUCGCCCUACCCAGGUCACUGGACACCAAGAUCCACUUACGCCUGAGCAUCAAGGCCAAAGUCAUUGUGCUGUACCUAACUACAGUUGCGGCCGAAGAUGUAGGAAAGCCAGUACCGCUUGGCUCGUUCGUGUACGCUCUUCCUAAUAAGUACGACGCACACCAGCCAUUAUCGACGACGAUAUAUCAUGUAGAGGCGACAUUAGAAUUCACAACACGACUGGCAAAAAUCCUGGUUAGGAAGACAGGCAUGCCGGUGUAUGUGGCCAACUCGAUCAGUCUCGUCAACACUGGCCUCGGCGGUACAGUCGAGGAAGAAAUGGAAGCAUUCAAGCAAGUGGUAGCCGUGAUUUCCCGGGAGCUGCGUCAGGCUGGCCUCAUAGACCAACCUAAUGGCACACUUUCCAACAGCUGAAAAGUAUAUCAUGGCCAUAGUGCGUUUCGCUCGUUCGACAGAAUCUGGGAUUGGGCACAAUACCCACCACAUUCUACUGAAGCCGCGGCGAUUGUUGCUGAAAUUUGAGUGAGGUUCAUUCGAUGAACGACAUACGGGAUUCCCUACGUCUGUAUUUCAAGGGCAUGAUACUUGUCACAUUUUGAUUGCAAUUUUUCGAA